CCUGACCCCGUAAACUCGCCUGGGAAUUCUCAAACUUAGGAGGGCUUUUUGGUCGUAACGCUACCUUUCGCCGCGUUAUAAGCGCCCGUUAGGGUUUUUGAGCCUCACUGACGGGUCUUCAGCCGCCUGCUCGUCGUCACAGUGUUGAUUAGGCUUCUGACGACGUUUGGUAAGGAAGAUGUCUCACCGGAAAUUUGAGCACCCAAGGCAUGGAUCACUCGGAUUUCUCCCUCGUAAGCGUGCAUCUCGUCACCGUGGAAAAGUGAAGUCCUUUCCAAAGGAUGAUCCCACAAAGCCCUGCAAGUUAACUGCAUUCCUUGGUUACAAGGCAGGAAUGACCCACAUUGUGCGUGAGGUGGAGAAACCAGGAUCCAAACUUCACAAGAAGGAAACAUGUGAGGCAGUAACAAUUAUAGAGACUCCUCCAAUGGUUGUUGUGGGGCUUGUUGCUUAUGUGAAGACGCCACAUGGUCUUCGUUCCCUUAAUACUGUGUGGGCUCAGCAUUUAAGUGAGGAAGUCAGGAGGAGAUUCUACAAAAACUGGUACAAGAGCAAGAAGACGGCUUUCAAUAAGUACUCUAAAAAGUAUGACAGUGAUGAGGGAAAGAAAGAGAUUCAGGCACAGCUAGAAAAGAUGAAGAAAUAUGGGUCAGUUAUCCGUGUUCUGGCUCAUACUCAGAUUAGGAAGAUGAAGGGUCUGAAACAGAAAAAGGCACACCUGAUGGAGAUCCAGGUUAACGGAGGAACUGUAGCGCAGAAGGUUGAUUUUGCAUACAACUUUUUUGAAAAGCAAGUCCCAAUUGAUGCCAUCUUCCAAAAGGAUGAGAUGAUCGAUAUUAUUGGUGUAACCAAAGGUAAAGGUUAUGAAGGUGUUGUCACUCGUUGGGGUGUCACUCGCCUUCCACGCAAGACACACAGGGGGUUGCGCAAGGUUGCCUGUAUUGGUGCUUGGCAUCCUGCAAGAGUAUCUUAUACUGUUGCACGUGCUGGACAGAAUGGCUACCAUCAUCGUACUGAAAUGAACAAAAAGAUAUACAAGAUUGGUAAUUCUGGAGAUGAAACACAUAACGCUAUGACUGAGUUUGACAGAACUGAGAAGGACAUUACCCCUAUGGGUGGUUUCCCUCACUAUGGUAUUGUGAAAGAAGACUAUAUCAUGAUCAAGGGUUGCUGUGUGGGACCGAAGAAGAGAGUGGUUACCCUUCGCCAAUCCCUUCUGAAGCAGACUUCCCGUGUGGCCCUCGAGGAGGUCAAGCUGAAGUUUAUCGAUACUUCAUCCAAGUUUGGCCAUGGCCGUUUCCAGACUACUCUGGAGAAGCAGAAAUUCUAUGGCAAACUCAAGGCUUAAUUUCAGUGUAGUCUGAUACUUGGUCCUUUGAUGGAGAUUGACUAUUCCUGCAUUUAGCAUUAUCUUUUGUUUGUUUUAUUUUUUGGUUGCAUCAUUUAUGUUGUUGUUAUUCCAUGAUCUCAGGUCUAUCUAUUAUGUUCCAUAUAAAGUUUUACAUAAACUCUUGGCUUUUGCACGCUAAUGCUAGUUUCCCAUGAAUAUUCAACCAAA